AUGGGUAAGAAAGCUAUCGACUCGCGCAUUCCGGCCCUCAUCCGCAAUGCUGCUCAAGAACACAAGCGCGGCUUCUUUGUAGUCGUCGGCGACCGUCAAAAGGAUGUCAUCGUCAACCUGCACUACAUUCUUCAGACCGCCAACCUCAAGGCCAACAAGUCUGUCCUCUGGGCCUACAAGAACAAGCUGCUCGGCUUCACCAGUCACCGCAAGAAGAGAGAACAAAAGAUCAAGAAGGAAAUCAAGCGCGGCAUUCGCGAUGUCGACAGCGAGGAUCCCUUCGAGCUAUUCGUUUCGACCCAGAACAUCCGCUAUGUCUAUUACAAGGAGACGGAGAAGAUUCUCGGAAACACCUACGGCAUGUGCAUUCUGCAGGACUUCGAAGCCAUCACUCCUAAUCUUCUCGCCCGCACCAUUGAAACCGUCGAAGGAGGAGGUCUUGUCGUUAUGCUCCUCAAGGGCAUGAGCAGUCUGAAGCAGCUCUACACACUCUCUAUGGACAUCCACUCGCGCUACCGUACAGAGGCACAUGGCGAUGUCGUCGCUCGCUUCAACGAGCGUUUCAUCCUGUCCCUCGGCAGCUGCGACUCGUGUUUGGUUAUUGAUGAUGAGAUGAACGUUCUGCCCAUCUCUGGAGGAAAGACUAUUCAGCAGCUGCCACCUCCCGACCCGGAAGCCCAGGGUCAAACUCCUGCUGCUAGAGAACUUGCAACCAUCAAGGAGAGUCUCGCCGACACUCAGCCCGUUGGAUCCCUUGUAACUCUGGCUCGCACUGUCGACCAAGCCAAGGCCCUUCUCACAUUCGUGGACGCUAUCGCCGAGAAGACCUUGCAAAGCACCGUGACCUUGACUGCUGCUCGUGGUCGUGGUAAGUCGGCCGCAUUAGGUGUAGCUAUUGCCGCAGCCGUUGCCCACGGCUACAGCAACAUCUUCAUCACCUCGCCCACCCCCGAGAACUUGAAGACUUUGUUCGAGUUCGUCUUCAAGGGAUUCGAUGCCUUGGGUUACCUCGAUCACGUCGAUUACACUAUUAUUCAAUCUACUAACCCUGACUUCAACAAGGCCAUUGUUAGAGUCAACAUUCACCGUCAACACAAGCAGACAAUCCAGUACAUCCAACCCCAGGAUGCCUACACUCUUGGUCAAGCAGAACUCCUUGUUAUUGAUGAAGCCGCUGCCAUUCCUUUGCCUCUCGUCAGAAAACUUAUGGGUCCUUACCUGGUCUUCAUGGCUUCGACCAUCAACGGUUACGAAGGUACUGGUCGCUCCUUGUCUCUCAAGCUGAUCCAGCAGCUCCGUGAGCAGUCCCGUGGAGGUUCUAAGACCAGUGACGAGCAGGUUGCUGAUCGUUCCACCGGAAAAUCCGCCAAGGACGAAAACCAGAUCGCUGUUGCUGGUCGCACCCUUCGCGAAAUUACCCUCUCGGAACCUAUCCGUUAUGCCCAGGGAGAUUCUGUCGAAAAAUGGAUGAACCGCCUACUCUGUCUGGAUGCUACACUGCCUCGCGCAUCAACAACCCGUGGUUGCCCUCAUCCUGACCAAUGCCAGCUUCUCUCUGUUAACAGAGAUACAUUGUUCUCUUUCCACCCUGUUUCGGAGAAGUUCCUCCAACAAAUGAUGGCGCUUUACGUUGCUUCACACUACAAGAAUACUCCUAAUGAUUUGCAGCUCAUGUCUGAUGCUCCUGCUCACCAGUUGUUUGUUCUCGUACCGCCGGUCGAAGAGGGCAGUAACCGUCUUCCCGAGCCUCUCUGUGUUAUUCAAUUAGCCCUGGAAGGUCAAAUCAGCAGAGAGAGUGUCAUCAACAGCUUGAGUCGCGGUCAAAGAGCAGGUGGUGACUUGAUUCCCUGGUUGGUCAGUCAGCAGUUCCAGGAUGAAGACUUUGCUGGACUUUCUGGAGCACGCGUCGUUCGUAUUGCUACCCACCCUGACUACAUGAACAUGGGCUAUGGUAAGAAGGCUCUUGAGCUUCUUACCGAUUUCUUCGAAGGAAAAUUCACCUCCCUCUCUGAGGACGACGGACAGGCUGAGGCUGGAAGUGAGAGCAUGGUGCGUGUAACAGAUGCCGAACUUGAGAGCGCAACUUUGUUGCAGGACAACGUCAAGGUUCGUGACAUCUCGACGAUGCCUCCACUCUUCGCCCGUCUGUCGGAGCGCAGACCCACUCGCCUCGACUACAUGGGUGUUUCAUAUGGCCUCACCUCGCCUCUGCACAAAUUCUGGAAGCGCGCAAACUUUGUGCCUGUCUACCUCCGCCAGACUGCCAAUGAUCUCACUGGAGAACACACCUGUGUCAUGCUGAGAACACUCGAUAACGCUACUUCCUCGGAUCCUGCCUGGCUCGGAGCAUACGCCAAGGACUUCCACCGCAGAUUCCUCAGUCUUUCAUCUUACCAGUUCCGAAAGUUCACUAGUGUCCAGGCUUUGAGCAUUGAUGAGUCCGCCAAUGCUGGUAUCAAGCUCGACAGCACUGUGUCCACCAAAUCUCUGACCAAGAGCGAGUUGGAUGAAUUGUUCAGUCCUUUCGAUCUGAAGCGUCUGGACAGUUAUGCUAACAAUAUGUUGGAUUACCACGUCAUUCUGGAUCUUCUGCCCAAGAUUGCCGAGCUUUUCUUCACUGGCCGCAUCAAGGGCGAAGAGGCUGUGAAACUCAGCGGUGUGCAACAAGCCUUGUUGUAUGCCAUUGGUAUGCAACGCAAGACUCUUGAAGAUCUCGAGAAGGAACUCGGAUUGGGAAGCAGCCAACUGCUUGCCAUGUUCGUGAAGGUGAUGCGCAAGAUGUCAAUGCACUUCCGUGGUCUGGUUGAAGGUGCCGUCGCUGAGACCAUGCCCAAGGGUAUUGGUGGUGGUGAUGCUGAGGCUGACAAGAUUGACGGCGAGGAGGAUUCAAGAUUCGCACCUCUCCAACAAACCCUGGAAGAUGACCUUGCUGAAGCUGGCGACGAGUACAUGGCUGCUGAGAAGGAACGCGCUCGUGCUAUGAUCGAUGCACUUCCUCUGGACAAGUACGCGAUCGCUAAUGGCGAGGCUGAUUGGGACGAAGCUGAGCGCCAAAUCCAGAAAUCUGGAGGACGUAGCGGCAAGAGCACAACUGUCAGUGUCAAGUCGAAGGGUGCAUCAAGCAAGCGCAAGGCAGGUGAAGCUCUUGAAGAGGUGCAGAAGGAGGCUGCCAACUUUGAAGGCAAGAAGAGCAAGAAGGGCAAAAAGUCAAGGUGA